ACCAAAAAAUACAGACACUCUUACUCUCGACGACAACUGUGCUAUCGCCAUUGACGCUCUACUACAAAAGUCAGCAACUCUUACUCUCGACGAUAACCACGCCAUCGCCAUCGACGCUCUCCUACAAAAAUUAGCAACGCUUACUCUCGACGACAGCUAUGAUAUCGACAUGCUGCCCAAUAACGCAGACGCUCUUGCUCUCGACGAUAACCAUGCUAUUGCCAUUGACGCUCUCCCACAAAAAUCAGCAACCCUUACUCGAUGACAACUACGAUAUCAACAUGCUGCCCAAUAACACAGACUACUCUUGCUCUCAACAAUCACGCUAUCGACGCUCUACUGCAACAACCAGAAACUCUUACGCUCGGUGACGAUGCCUCUCAAUCAUCAAAGCUUCAGCUACUCCACAACACAAAUGUUUUCCCCCUCGAUGGUCCAUCUCAGUCACCAGAAUUUCAGCUGCAGUCCACCCUACACGAUAACACUAUCGAGAUGCUACUACAAAAUAUGGGUGCUCUUUCCCUCGACAACGAUCUCUUUCAGUCGCAGCCGCAGCACAUUCCACAUGAUGACACUAUUAACAAUUUACUUCAGAAGUUCCAAGUGUUUACCCUUGACGACAGUCCCAAUCACAGUCUCGGCCCUCGACACUUGCACUGCAACACUCCCUACGCCAUGACACUACCAUCAUACUACGAAAUAUUGCACCUCUUACUCACGAUAGUCGUUCUUAGUCCUCGGAAUUUCGAUUACGACACACCCUACACCAUGAUGCUAUCAAUACCGUACUUGGAAAUGUGGAACUUACUAUUCUCGACGGCACUCCCUCGCAGUCGCCAAAAUUUCCGUCAGAAUACACCGCACUAGCCGUUGAACUCCACACGACAUCUACGAAUAAGUCUCCUACGAUCAAAAACGUCAGAUGUUGAUACAUCUAACAUGUCUCCAGUGUCAAAGUCCCCUACGACCAAUCCGGAUGACGCCUAAUAGCCUC